CGGAAACACCGACAGCAGCAGCAGCGCGACCGGAGAGGCGAGUGGGACUGAACCGAGCCCGGUGUGCGCGAGGGGGCCGAUAAAUGAGGGCCAGAAGAGGCCGGUCGGCAUGAAUAUCUGAGGGAAUGUACAGCGGCCGGAAACGCGGAGCUCCAGGCGGAAGUCCGACAGAACGUGCCGGAUCCGCGCACCGGAAGACGGCUUCAGAGCUUCUCCACCCGUGGGCUUCUUCUCUAUGCACCUUCAUUACCACACACUCUCUAUAAACACAUCGGAAAAGCGACUAAGUCUUGCACUCCCCAGUCAUUUCUGUAUUUUUUUUAUUUCAACGUUUUCGAAGUUUAUCGUGAUUUAUGCCCAGCCAACACCAUGGGGAAGAUGCUUUCCAAGAUCUUCGGCAACAAGGAGAUGAGAAUAUUGAUGCUCGGACUUGACGCCGCCGGAAAGACAACGAUUCUGUACAAACUCAAACUGGGCCAGUCGGUUACGACCAUCCCGACGGUGGGCUUCAAUGUAGAGACUGUCACGUAUAAAAACGUCAAGUUUAACGUUUGGGACGUCGGCGGUCAGGAUAAGAUCCGUCCUCUAUGGCGGCACUACUACACCGGCACGCAGGGCCUGAUUUUCGUAGUGGACUGUGCGGAUCGUGACCGCAUCGAUGAGGCUCGGCAGGAGCUGCACCGCAUUAUCAACGAUCGUGAGAUGCGCGACGCCAUUAUCCUCAUCUUCGCCAACAAACAAGACCUUCCAGACGCCAUGAAGCCUCAUGAGAUACAGGAGAAGCUGGGCCUGACGCGCAUCCGAGAUCGCAACUGGUACGUUCAGCCGUCUUGCGCUACAACCGGCGACGGACUCUACGAAGGGCUCACCUGGCUCACGUCCAACUACAAAUCCUAACGCCAAUGAAAACCCACGCAAACUAGAAGCAAUUAACCAAUAACUUUCUUUCGUUUCGUUUGAUUUGAUCGCCAUCAUGUAACGCGAUAUUUCUAUUGUUACGUCUGAAUGUGGAGUGUUACUUUCGUCCUUCGUGUCUGGAGAUGCGGAAAAUGGCAGCUUGUUUGUUUACCUCUGUGCCAUCACAUUUAACGAAUGUACGGAGAGCGGCGAAAAAAACGCAACAAUAAACGCCAAGCAGAAAAACGUCUCGUUUUCCAUGAAGGAGCGUUUGCUUUCAUUUCAGCCCAGCUUCACAGAGCUGCUCCGGCUGUGGAUUUGGGCUAUUCAGUUUGAUUUUUAUUAUUAAUUAUUUUGACUAAUAUAUAUUCAUGUUAACCCGUCAGGAUUCUGUUUAAGACUCUCCUCAAACUGCACAAAUCACACCGAGCCUCUUUUCCACUUUAUUUUUCUCCUCAAACGACAUUAACGAUGAAUAUUAUCUUUUGUUAAUUUGACUUUAUUUGUUAUGCUGAAGAAAUAAUAAAAUCUAUAUCUCUAUCCAUGA